GAUUCCAGUGACGAACCUGAUUGGACCAGGGAGGCGAACGUGGCAAGCAGCAGGAGCAAUCUCGAUAAGAAAACAGACACCAUCUUUGCAGCAGGAGCAAUCUUUGCCUGCCAUGGCUCUACAAGCAGCCUCCUUUUCUCCCACGAUUUCCAUCCACAAAGAGGUGUAUGCAGCUGGUACUGUUGUUCUGAAGAAUACUGGACUUUCAGGACUUCCAUUUUCAGAACAUUUUGAAGUUAAAUCCAAAUCUCUCAGGUUGAGAAAUAAGCAAGGAAGAUUACCUGAUGGAGCCAUUAGAGCCCAGACUGCAACAAUUUCAGAAAUCAACCAGGCGCCUUUGGAAGGAAACAAGACCUUGAGGAAAGGAAAUGUUAUCAUUACAGGAGCUUCCUCGGGACUGGGUCUAGCCACGGCCAAGGCUCUAGCUGAAACAGGAAAAUGGCAUGUAAUUAUGGCAUGCAGGAACUUCCUUAAAGCUCAAAUGGCAGCAAAAUCAGCAGGCAUAGCCAAGGAAAACUAUACUGUUAUGCAUUUAGACCUUGCCUCGCUUGACAGUGUAAGGCAAUUUGUGGAUAGCUUCCGCAGGUCGGGUAUGCCUCUUGAUGUGCUUGUAUGCAAUGCUGCUGUCUACUUGCCAACAGCAAAGGAGCCAAGUUUCACCGCUGAAGGCUUUGAACUCAGUGUUGGGACUAAUCACCUUGGUCACUUCCUCCUCACACGCCUGCUGCUAGAUGACAUAAAGCAAUCAGAUUAUACAUCCAAGCGUGUUAUAAUUGUAGGCUCCAUCACGGGAAACACAAACACAUUGGCUGGGAAUGUGCCCCCAAAAGCAAACCUGGGUGAUCUGAGAGGGCUAGCAAGUGGUUUGAAUGGCCUGAACAGCUCGACCAUGAUAGAUGGAGGAGAAUUUGAUGGAGCAAAGGCCUACAAGGAUAGCAAAGUAUGCAACAUGCUCACCAUGCAAGAGCUCCACAGGAGAUAUCAUGAAGAAACGGGAAUAACUUUUGCUUCCCUCUACCCUGGCUGCAUUGCCACAACAGGGUUGUUUAGAGAGCACAUUCCUCUGUUUAGAAUUUUAUUUCCACCCUUCCAGAAGUACAUCACCAAGGGCUAUGUAUCUGAAGAAGAAGCCGGGAAAAGACUUGCACAGGUUGUAUGUGAUUCAAGCCUGGAACAAUCAGGUGUCUAUUGGAGCUGGAACAAGAACUCGGCCUCAUUCCAAAACCAGCUAUCCCAAGAAGCCAGUGACGAAGAAAAGGCCCGUAAGCUGUGGGAGAUCAGUGAGAAGCUUGUUGGAUUGGCUUAAAUGCACCAAUCUCAAGCAUAUAGGCUAGAAUUUGACUUGAGAACUUUUGAGUAAUCCAGAAACAUCUGCUUGUGAAACUGCAAAGAAACCCUUAAACUUUGUUUGCGAAAGUUUUAAUGAAUUUGUUGUAAGCGAUA